AUGAGCUUUAAUAAUCAAAACUAUAUGUAUGAAGAAUUCAAGGUGGAAGAAAUAUAAUUUAUACCUUAAAUAAGAUAAGCUAAGUCUAUUGUUGCCAAUCCAAACAAAAUUAAUAAAAAGUUUUUGUAUCAAUUUAAUUAAGAUAUUCGAUUUGUUCAUUUUGCUUAGCCUAUUAAGAAAACGAAGAUAAUACCCCCUAUUAAUGCAAGAAUAUCACUUGUGGUAAAUUUGUUAAAAUGCCUGUCCAAUAUGAAGUGUUUCAAUGUACCACUUGUUAUGCAAAUAUUCUGCAUCAACCUUAAAGCUCAAUAAUUUGUUCAUAGUGCAAGAAAGUAGUAAAGUGGUCCGAUUAAUUAUUAAAUUAGGCUUCCUAAUUAUCUUAAGGCAUAAAAAAACAAAAUUGAAGGUUAUUGUAUUUUGUAAUUCUUAUUAAUCAUUUAAACAUAGAAUUCUAAUUUUUGGAAUUUUUGA